AUGGCGAUCUUGAACCACUUGUUGCUUGUUUCAUCUUUGUUGCCGCUGGUGCUGAGCUACCCUUUCUACCCACCAACAUGUUACACCAAAGUUCUCACCAUGGCACGAGAGCUCACCCAGAUGGCAGCAGAGCUGAAGGAGGACCCUGUUACUAGUUAUUGCAUGGCACACAUGCCAAAUCUCUACCUUGAUGUCCAUAAUGGUUGCGUGAUGCACAAAAUGUGGACCUACAUCUCCCUAGUGGAAGGCCUGCGAGAGAGCCGUUGUGCUUACACCAGAGAAGUGAGGAAGCUGGGUGUCACUAUGAUGCAGCUCUUCAUCAUCAUGUCAGAGAAAUGUCAUGGGGACUUGGUGUUCACGAUCUAUGACUGCCGUGCGCUGGAGCGAAAACACACUGGAUCCUGAAAUCACAAUAUUACCAUCUGAUCAGACAGCAAAGAGACACAGCAGUAUAGUCCC